UGUGUCAGAUCAGAGGCUGAUGGCAAACAAUUCUAAUUUGAGUCAGGAUAGCUCAGUGGUUUGAGCACUGGCCUGCUAAACCCAGGGUUGUGAGUUCAAUCCUUGCCGUUUAGGGAACUGGGGUUUAAAAAAAACAUUAGCAGGGGGUUGGACUAGAUGAUCUCCUGAGAUCCCUUCCAACCCUGAUAUUCUAUGAUUAACAGGUUUUGAUCUUCCAGAUCAGCCAGCUAAUUCCAGAUCCAUGAAACCUGCAGUAUGGGAUCGUCCAGCUGCCCUCAGAGCAAUAAUCGUGGUUAUGACGGUCGUCAUCAUCACUCUAGUAGCAGCUUUGAUAGUGGUAACAUCUAGGCCAUCUCCUCCAUGGCCCCCUGCUGCCUCCUGCUGCCCGGACGGCUGGAUCCGGAUCCAAGGGAAAUGUUACUAUUUUUCUAAGGCCAAUAGGAACUGGACCUACAGCCAGAACUUCUGCUCGUCACACGCUGCCUCCCUGGCUGGGAUUGAGAGUCCGCAGGAGCUGGAUUCUCUGCUGCCAUAUGAAGGCAGACUGGACCACUGGAUCGGCCUCUGGAGGGACAAGGGCCAGGUCUGGAAAUGGGCCAACGGGACCAAGUUUGACGAUCGGUUUGAAAUACAAGGAGGCGCAGACUGUGUGUGCCUGGAUGAAGACCUCACUGUCACCACGUCAAGCUGCAGCACACCAAGAAAAUGGAUCUGCAGUAAACCUGAUACCCCUGCGAAGGGAGAGGAGGGAGCAGUGGGAGGGGAUUCGUGAACUCAAGGGAAUUGGAGACCAGCUGUGACAAAGCCUGGUUCUAGUCCCCUCCAUGCUGCAGCCUGGUUCCCUGUUUCUUAGCCUGUCUCCAGGGUUUGUCCAGCCCUAGUCAUCAAUUACCCUAAUGCUGGGAGCCCAGACAGCAAAUGUGAAAAAUUGGGAUGGGGAUGGAGGGUAGUAGGAGCCUAUAUAAGGAAAGACCCAAAAAUCAGGACUGUCCCUAUAAAACUGGAACAUCUGGUCACCCUACCUAAUGCUGGGGUCUGUGACCCUUCUCUCAGGGAGACUGUCACAGUAACUGGAUCUCUAUCCCACCUCCAUCAGGUCAGGACUUGUCUCCAGCCACCCCUGUCUCUGGGCAGGGACCUCAUCCCACUCCCUGACCAGGGGGCACUUGAAGCUGCACAGCUCCCUUCCGUACACUGCAACGUCCCAGCAAGCCAGCCUGGCUAAAAGCCAGCGCCUGCCCUUUGCUUCCACUCUGAGCACAAUGCCCAGCACGUUCCCACUGUUAUAAGCUAGAACACGGCCCUUUCUUGGCUGAUUAUUUAUUCUAGGUCAAAAGCAUUAAGGAGAAAAUGUAUAAAAAUCACGAAAAGGUCCCCCACACUAAACACACCAGGAAUCAUCCCUCUUCCAGGGGAGAGUCUAGUAGCCAGUGACUCUUCCAGGCCCUCCCUACGGGGUUGGGGUCCCCCCUCCCCGGCUGAGAGCAGGUCCUGUCUGUUUGAAUCAAAAUAAAGGUCAUUAAUCUGUUUAAAUUCAGCCUUUGAGUGUCCUAAGUUCUGUCUCCGUCUCUGGAAAACCCCCUGUGAGCCAGUGUGUGGGAACCAAACAUUCCAGGGUGCGACCCCAGCCAGGGAGCGGCUGGGUCACCACUUGCCCUGCAGCCUGGGGUGUCUCAGUCCUGUGCAGAAGCUCCCAACCUGGGCCAAACAGCCUGCAGGUCACGUCCUGAGUGGCUGUGCCUGGCCACAGCCCUGGUCCAGCAGCCUGUCACCCGCGCCACACUGGGCCCACCAGCCUUGGUCACUACUUGUAGGGUGACCCCCACACACUAGCCAACUGAGCAUCGGUUUCUGCCAAACCACCCCUUUGAACGUUCUUACAAACAACGUACCUAUGCCUCAUCUCUGUACAGACCUUCAUUUGAUUCAUUUGGGUUCUCCUGGCCAGGGUCUGCAGUCUCAAACAAAUCACCAGUCCCCACACUAUUAGCAUAGUAUACUUUAACUGGCUCCUGUACCCAUCUAGGCACUGCCAUCAUGAGGUGUAUGCAUUUGCAUUCUCCUUAAUUGCCCGGGUUGCCUCUUCUACUGCCUGAGUUGCUUCUUCUACCUCCUUUGUUUUUUCCAUCACCUGUUUGGCCAACAUGCUGUCUAAGCCAUUUCACUGCCUGUAGU